AUGGGUUCUCAUUUUUACCCGUCCCAACAGCCAAAUCUGUGGGAAGAAUUUAAAGUAGCCGUACAAUUUGCGAAACAACUUUCCGACGUUUAUAAUUCUUCCGUCUUGGACCUCAAACCGGAAUCUACAGAAAUGUUGAUGGCCUUUAGGAGAUCAAGCGAAAAGGCCCAUGUUGCUCUAGAGACAGUGCUAAAUUCUUUUAUUGCCCAAAAAUAUGAUGAUGGUCAUAAUAAUUCAUCAAAUAUUGAAAUACGUCAUGACCAGACACAAGUAUCAGCUCCAGGAAUACCACAAUAUCAGUCAAUAUCUCAGUCUCAAGAACGCAUGCCAUCAUCUGAAGGCGAGCUGCGAUCGGAAACUAAUACUCAGUAUCCGUGUGAAACAGAAUUUCGGCCACAAUCUGUAACUUUACACAGAUCUCUGUCAAAUUCUCAUAUUCCAACACUAUCUAGAAAUGUUUACUUUCCGUCCUCUAAUUCUCCUAAUCUGACACAGUAUGAAGUAAAAAAUGAGUCACGAUCUAAAUCUCAAGAUCAACAUGAAUUUGGUACUAGAAGUAUGCAUUCAUCUAUGACAAUAAAUCAGCCAGAGUUCAAAAAUGUAAAUACGUCCCCGCCAAAUUAUCGUAUUGAAAAAAGACUUGGAAGAAGAAUUAGGUCGCGUUCUAGAUCAUAUAAUGAACCCCGAUUUGGUUCUAGAAGUAGGUAUUCAUCUAAAAACAGACAACGAUCACAGUCUAGAAGUAGAAGAAAGUCUAAACCAAAACAUGACCGUUCACCUAAAAGGUCAUUUAAGUCUUCGAAAAAUUAUAAAAAAGAAAAAGGAAAAAGACAUCCACCUCCAAAUAAAAAGAAAGGGAAAACAAUUAAAUCUACACAGCCUACAUCUUCAUCAGACACGUCUUCACAGCUUGAAGAGCAACCGCCGAUCCUGGUGGUUGAUUCUGGACCUCCAGUUGUACCUCAAGUACAAGGAUCAUUUUACUCACAAAAUGUCACACCGAUGUACUACGCUCAACCAACACAUAUGCGGCCGCGGUUAAUGCCAGUCCCAUAUUAUAUGCCACCGCGAUCUCGUUUACCAUAUCCGCCAACAUAUCCAAGAUUAUUAUAUAGACCACAGUGGCAGCCUCCAGUUCGUCAUUUUGGUACACAAUGA